AGCAUCUCACUUCGCUGCACCCAACGAACCAAUUACCUAUUAGCCAGCGUCGCCUACACGGCAUUCUAACCUACGAAAGCUAUGAGCAGAAGAAAUGUGUGAGUAAGUACGUAAUGCAAAACCAAAACAAAUCUGUUUUAUUAAAAGACAAAGAUACCCUACUUAGCAUGCAUGGCAUUCUAUAUGUAUGUAUACUGUUCUUUCUUCUCUCUCUCGCACUUUCAGACUCUCCAUAUCAUAUCAUAUCAUAUCAUAUCAUACCAUAUCGAUCUUUCUCAUCUGGAUCCAUACUUUUAUUACUAUUUGUAACAUGCUGGUCCUUGUGUUCCACGGCUAGUGAAAAGUUAUUGUCUUCAUUUCCUUAUGACUGUCUCCACUGACUCACUCACUCACCUGCUCAUUGAUGUACUUGUUUCUCACACAUC